AUGAUGAUGAAUCCGAAAAGGGAGACAAGAAAGCUUUUUCCAGGUGUUUACCUCUUCUUCUUCUUCUCUGUGCUCGUCCUCUGUGCUCGCUUUCAACUCUCAGAAGCUACCAAAGAGUCCACGAAGCGGCAAGUGAAGUUGCAGAAUCUUCGGCUUAGCUCUUCCGUUGUGUUCCCCGUCUCCGGGAACGUUUAUCCUCUUGGGUACUACUAUGUGUUGCUUAACAUAGGAAACCCACCAAAGCUCUUUGACUUGGACAUUGACACUGGAAGCGAUCUCACUUGGGUUCAAUGUGAUGCACCUUGCAACGGUUGCACAAAGUCUCGUGCUAAUCAGUACAAGCCAGAUCACAACACUUUGCCUUGUUCACAUCUCCUGUGCUCUGGCCUCGACCUUCCUCAGAGCAGGCCUUGUGAUGACCCUGAGGAUCAGUGUGACUAUGAGAUUGGGUAUUCGGAUCAUGCAUCAUCUAUUGGUGCUCUUGUAACUGAUGAGUUUCCUCUAAGACUCGCCAAUGGCUCCACUAUGCAUCCUCAUUUGACAUUUGGAUGUGGGUAUGAUCAGCAGAAUCCUGGUCCACACCCUCCUCCUCCAACAGCGGGAAUCCUUGGCCUUGGAAGAGGGAAAGUAAGCAUCUCAUCACAGCUUAGUUCCAUGAAGGUGACGAAGAAUGUGAUUGUGCAUUGCUUAAGUCAUGAUGGUAAAGGCUUUCUCUCUAUUGGAGAUGAGCUUGUUCCUUCUUCUGGAGUUACAUGGACUUCACUGGCUCUUAAUUCACCUAGUAAAAACUACAUUACUGGACCAGCAGAGCUUCUCUUCAACGACAAGAGCACAGGUGUCAAAGGCAUGAACGUAGUUUUCGAUAGUGGAAGCUCCUACACUUACUACAAUGCUGAAGCAUACCAAGCGAUUCUCAAACUUAUAAGAAAAGACUUGAAUGGGAAGUCUUUGAAGGAGACGAAAGAUGAUACCAGCUUACCGGUGUGUUGGAAAGGCAAAAAAACUCUGAAAUCACUUGAUGAUGUCAAGACAUACUUCAAGACGAUUACUUUACGAUUUGGGAAUCAAAAGAAUGGUCCGAUAUUUGAGGUUCCACCUGAAUCAUACCUCAUCAUCACUGAAAAAGGAAAUGUGUGUUUGGGUAUCCUGAACGGAACUGAAGUCGGGAUCGAGAACUACAAUAUCAUUGGAGACAUAUUCUUCCAAGGGAUAAUGGUGAUCUACGACAAUGAGAAGCAGAGGAUUGGAUGGAUUUCUACAGACUGUGACAAGCUUCCCAAUGUGAAAGAAGACUUGGCGGAGGAGGAGGCAUAUCCAAGAGGGUUUGGUUUGAUAGGAGAGCUUUUCUCAGGAACUGAUUCUUCUAAGAACAAGAACUUGGCCUCAGAUGGAGAGCUUUGA